AUGUCCCCGCUCUGCGCCCCCCGAGCUGCGGCACCAUCGUCCCGGCUCCACCUUAACCGGAGCGGCCGCGCCGCGCUGCCCGCGCCCGGGCGGCUCCGCGGGGCGUUUAUCUCUCCCGGGAUCAGCCAAUAUUUGUGGCCACGUCAGGAGAACGAGCCCAUCCUCGCCCCGUGCUCCCGCUCAGUCCAGUUCUGCCACCCUGCUCCGCUCCCUGCCUCAUCGCGUUCGGCUUCUCGGACUGCUGGGACUCCCACGCCACGGGAGAUGAUGGUCACCGUGGCUCUCCUGCCUCCUGAGCCUCCUACGGAUGGCGGCAGCCAAGGGGGGUGGUGUCCGGCCUGCGGAGUGGCAGCGCUGGCCCCCGGAACGCAGCGGGACGCGCUCCUGGCGCUGGCCAAGCAGAGCAUCCUGGCCAAGCUCCGCUUGCCAGCCAGGCCCAGCGUCCCCCAGCCCCCGUCCCGGGGGGCUCUGCUGACCGCGCUCCGCAGGAUGGAGCGAGCGCAGCGCUCGGACACGGCCGCCGCCACCCCGGGGAUGCUCCGGGACAGCCCAGCCCGGCCUGGGAUGGGGCUGCAGCAAUACGAGAUCCUGAGCUUUGCUGAGUCGGGAUCCUCCACUUCCCACAGCGUCCACCUGCAUUUCCGCUUCUCCCAGGAGGUGGCUGGGAGCACUGAGAUCCUGCAGGCCACCCUCUACCUGUUCUGGGCAGCCCCUGGGCCUGGGGCACAACCUGUCACCGUCAGGCUCCUGCAGCCAGACCCAGCAGGGCCAAACAUGACGGUGGCCAGCGAGACACGGCUGGAGGUGCAGAAAUCCGGCUGGACCACGCUGGACAUCGGAGCCGCCGUCCGGAGCCUCUUCAGACAAGAGACCCCACGGCUCACGGUGGAACUGGAGGUUCCAGAGGACUUGGGGUCCCCUCUCCUCUCUGACCAGGGUGAUUCCCACUGGCCAUUUGUGGUGGCCCAAGCCCAGGCCAGGACACCGCACCGCGUCCAUCGGCGCGGUGUCGAUUGCGGCGCGGACUCGCGGAUGUGCUGCCGCCAGGAAUUCUUUGUGGAUUUCAAGGAGAUCGGCUGGGAGGACUGGAUCAUCCAGCCGGAGGGCUACCACAUGAAUUACUGCUCGGGGCUGUGCCCAAUGCACAUGGCCGGCGUUCCCGGCUUGGCCGCCUCCUUCCACACCGCCGUCCUCAACCGCAUCAAAGCUGCGAGCGCGGCGGCGGCCGUGGAUUCCUGCUGCGUUCCCACCCAGCGCCGCCCCCUCUCCCUGCUCUACUACGACCGGGACAGCAACAUCGUCAAGACCGACAUUCCUGAUAUGAUUGUGGACUCCUGCGGCUGCACCUGA